AUGAGUAGUGUUAGUGAAUUUUCUUCUUCGUCUCUUAGCGAAGAAGAAGACGUUGCUAGGAAGUUUCUUCGCGAAAGAAAAGAGUGCGAAGACUUGAAAGGCGAGGUGGAAUGCAGCAGCAGCAGCAACAGCGUCACGCAGCUGGAUGAGAAAAAUACGUUUUUCGGGACGCACGAGUUGCCCAGCAAGGUGUUGAGGAAACUGGAUUUGUUUGUGUUGCCGUUUCUGUGUCUCACGUACUUGUUCAUGUUUUUGGACAAGGCGUUGUUGAACUAUGCGGCCUCCAUGGGGAUCAAGAAGCACUUGAAGGGAGACGAGUUUUCGAACUUGGGUACGAUUUUCUCUGCGUCGUACAUUUUCGCGGAGCCAAUCGCGUCUUUCUUGUUGCAGAGGUAUCCGGUUUCUCGAGUGUUUGGCGGAUUUAUCAUUGUAUGGGGCAUAGUGUUGGCGUGCCAUUGCGCAUGCAAGUCGUACGCAUCGCUCAUGAUCGUGCGUGUGCUUUUGGGUAUGUUUGAGUCGUGCAGUGCGGUUGGAUGCAUUACGGUGAAUGCGAUGUACUAUACGAAAUCGGAACAGGCGCAGCGAAUCGGGUACUGGGCCGCACAAGCGGGCACCGGGUAUAUUAUCGGUGGGUUGAUGUCGUUUGGGUUCUUGCACUACCACGGCAAAGAGUUCACGUCGUGGCAGAUCAUGUUCCUAGUGGUCGGACUGGUCACUAUUGUGUUUGGCUUGUGUACGCUGUUCUACUUGCCCGAUAAUGUGACAAAGGCAUGGUUCUUCACCGAAGAAGAGAAGGCCCAGGUCAUCGAGCACAUCAGAUCGAACCAAACCGGGUUGGAGACCAAGAAGAUCAAAAUGCACCAGGUACGUGAACUGCUGCUCCACGAUAAGCUCACUUGGCCCAUGCUCUUGCUAACGGGCUGCUCGCAAAUUUCCACAGGGUCCAUCGGUACUUUCUCCGUCACCAUCACAGGAACCUUCGGUUUCGACAGCUACCAGACAGCGCUCUUGCAAUUGCCCAUUGGUGCAGUCACAAUCAUGAUCAUCAUAAUUACAACCCAACUCAUCGGUAGAUUCUCAAACUUCACCUGGAUCACGACCUCCAUGUUCAUCCCAGCCAUAAUAGGCUGCAUAGUCAUGAUCGCCCUACCGCUAAGUAACAAGAUCGGAAAUUUACUCUCGUUGUACUUGCUCUACAGUGGCUCCUGCACAAUCACCAACAUAUAUAUCUGGAACACAUGCAACACCUCGGGAUACACUAAGAGACUGGCCAGAAACGCUCUCACCAUGAUCGUGUACAACAUUUCCUGUAUCGUGGCCCCACAAAUGUUCAGAGAAUACUCAUACCCAAGAUACAUCCCGGCCAAAAUUUCCCUUCUGGUAACACAGUGUGUAUGCGUUCCAUUGCAACUAUACAUCGGGUAUAUUUCCUACCAAGAAAACAGGAAAAGAGACCUCGAGCAACUGGAAUCGCAAACCAAGCCUGCUCAGUACCAAUUCCUCGAUCAAACUGACAUUGAGAAUAGAACCUUCAGGUACAUCUACUGA